UUCUUGGGAAAAGAAGUUCGUUCCGGUUCCAAUAAUUAUCCAAGAAUAUUUUCUCCAACAAAAAUCUCCUACAAAUAUAUUAAAAAGAAAUAUAUAUUGGCAUAGCAUAUCGAUAUACUACACUCGUACCGUACUUUGAUUUGGAAUUGUGUCGAGUCGGAAAAAUUACGUAGUAUGGAAAAAAGUAAACAGUGUUUUGAUAAAUUUCAAAAGCGGACUAAAUGGACAGAGCAAUAUAAAAUACAAAACUGGAUUAGCAGUCUGGUAACGAAUUUAAGGCUUUUAAAUUUCGUUUUCCAAAAAGCUAUUAACCUGACGUCGCGUGUGAAAAAUGAAAAAUCAAUCGCACAAGCAUGCAUGCUGCCUAGUUCGCUAAAAAUGAAAAGCACACAUUUCGCGGUCCUAAUAACUAUACUCGUUUUUGCUAAUGGUGCAAAUGUGGGCCUAUGCUCCGUUUUAAAUGGUGACAGUGCUUCUGUGAAAACACCCUACGAAACCCUAGAAAACAUUAAAAGUAUUGACUUAAGACGGAUGUCGGUGUCGUCAUCACAAAAUCAAGCAAGCCUGCGAAUUCGGAGGGACACCGUAAACCAAAUCCGGAUUUACGGUAUACGAUUGGAAGACGGUUCAACAGAGACAAACGAUGGCAUACCUAGUGUACUGACUGCGAAAGACCAAAUGUUCAGAAUCUUUGGCCAUGGCUUGCAGAAAAAUACUGUUAUCACGUUUACCAAUGAGGAGAAUGAUUACGGAGGUCCUUGCCUGAAGCCGGCCACUGACCUCUUCGCUCCCCUAGAAGUCUCCAGCGAUGGAUUUUCUGCCACAUACAAGGUCAUUUUUCCAGCGUCCAGUAGCCUAUAUUACAUUUGUGCUAAAAAUGCAGAAGAUAUUAAAGAUCACAGCACAGCUGUAACCACCUCACCUCUUGAGCAUCAGGGGAAUUCCAAAUGGCUAAGGAUACAAACGUAUGAACCAUUCUUACCCAUCUGGGUGGCAAUAACGAUCAUCGUAGUUUGUCUAUGCUUCUCAGCCUUGUUCUCAGGGCUAAAUUUGGGCUUGAUGGCCAUGGACCGCACCGAAUUAAAGAUACUGCGAAACACUGGCACGGAAAAAGAAAAAAAAUAUGCAGCAAAAAUAGCCCCCGUCAGAGAUCAAGGUAAUUAUCUGUUGUGCAGUAUUCUCUUGGGUAAUGUGUUGGUUAACUCAACCUUUACCAUUCUACUGGAUGGUUUAACUUCUGGACUUUUUGCUGUUAUAUUUUCCACACUGGCCAUCGUACUCUUUGGUGAAAUAACGCCUCAGGCUGUGUGCUCACGACAUGGCUUGGCUAUUGGAGCCAAAACCAUAUUAGUAACAAAAACAGUAAUGGCCAUAACAGCGCCCCUCUCGUACCCUAUUUCUCGUAUUCUCGAUGCGCUGUUGGGUGAAGAAAUUGGCAAUGUUUACAAUCGAGAACGAUUAAAGGAACUUGUUCGUGUCACCAACGAUAUCAACGAUCUUGAUAAAAAUGAAGUGAAUAUCAUAUCGGGCGCACUGGAGCUACGCAAAAAGACAGUUGCAGACGUGAUGACACACAUUGAUGAUGCUUUUAUGCUCUCAUUGGAGGCUGUGCUUGAUUUUGAAACUGUAUCCGAAAUCAUGAACUCGGGCUAUUCCCGCAUUCCCGUCUUCGAUGGAGAUAGAAAAAAUAUUGUCACGUUGCUCUACAUUAAGGAUUUGGCAUUUGUGGAUACCGACGACAAUACGCCACUGAAAACAUUGUGCGAAUUCUAUCAGAAUCCGGUUCAUUUUGUAUUUGAAGACUACACCUUGGAUAUUAUGUUUAACCAAUUCAAAGAGGGUACAAUUGGUCAUAUCGCAUUUGUGCACCGCGUUAACAAUGAGGGCGAUGGGGAUCCCUUUUAUGAGACCGUUGGCUUGGUUACACUCGAGGAUGUAAUUGAGGAACUUAUCCAGGCGGAAAUUGUCGAUGAGACGGAUGUCUUUGUUGAUAACCGCACCAAAGUGAAAAGAAAUCGUUAUAAAAAGGCAGACUUUUCAGCAUUUGCCGAACGCCGAGAGAUUCAGGCCGUGCGGAUAUCUCCACAACUAACCUUGGCCACCUUCCAGUACUUAAGCACAGCUGUUGAUGCGUUCAAAAAAGAUGUCAUCUCGGAACCAAUUCUCCGGAGAUUGCUCAAUCAGGACGUUUUCCACAAUAUCAAAUCCAAAGGAAAAAGUAAAGACGAUCCCAGUCUGUACAUUUUCACCCAAGGCAAAGCUGUCGACUUCUUUGUACUUAUAUUGGAGGGCCGUGUGGAGGUCACUAUUGGAAAGGAAGCUCUCAUGUUCGAGAGUGGCCCAUUUACUUAUUUUGGAACCCAAGCAUUGGUCCAAAAUGUAGUUAUCGAUUCUCCAACGCAAAUGGGAUCUUUACAGUCGCUGAAUAUGGAUUCGAAAAUUCGACAAUCCUUUGUCCCUGAUUACUCUGUUCGCGCUAUAACAGAUGUGAUAUAUAUUGCAAUUAAACGUGUGCUAUAUCUCACUGCGAAAAAGGCCACUUUAUUGGAUAAAAGUCGUAAAUCGGGAACAUUUUCAAGUGAGACAUUCGACGAUGAAGUGGAACGUCUGCUGCACUCGAUAAGUGAAGAUGAAAAGCCACGAUACUUAGCGGCUAACCAGAGCACUAGACGUUCGUCUAAGCCGAACCGAAGUUUAACUUCGUCCCCAACGAAUAUUGAUUUAUCACACGACGAAAAGAGCAAUAGUCCCAGUGUGCACAUUCAAGGUGAUCAAAAGAUUGGCAACACUGAACCCACGGAGGAUGCCUCGAUGAGUAGUUUAGUGGCCUCAGAUGCAGGAGAUCUUCAAAAUGGUGAACAGGAUGAUAGAGAUGCAACCGCUGCUUCCACGCCUCUUCUUUCAAAACCAGAAGAGCCGCCCAAACAAUAGGCCUAAGCCCCCAAAU